AUGGUUGUAGCGUUCGUAAUUUCGUUUGAGGUCAUCGAGCUGCUUUGGGGGUGGGAAUAUCUUCAACAAGUUCUAAAUGAACAUUGUCUGAGGGUGCUCCAGAACCUUGGCCAUCCUGAUCCAACGCUGCUUGUUGGAAUGAACUGCUUGUUUCACACCAUGGAAGUUCCAUUGGCACCUCUUUGGAUGCUGAUGGGGUUUAUACUUUUCUCCAUGACUUCGGAUAUGAACAUGCAGCACCUGGAAGAUCUUCGACGAUUUGGGAUUCUACUGGUCUGGUUUGCCAGACAGUGUUUCUCUGCGGUGGAGGGUGUUGAUAUCUGGGUGUGGCUAUUGGCCCUGUUACUCCUUCGUUGUGGUUUAGGAGCUGAGCUGACAAUUAUGGCGAUGCUGGUUGGCUGUAUAGUUUUCCUUCUGAUCUUGAUAGUGAACCUGGAUAAAGAUUUGCUCCAGGCACUCUUUCAUCUGCAUCAGGCAUCAAGCCAGUGGGAAGCGCUUGCUAAUGUAUUGGAAUGAUAGUCAUGGGAAUGUAAUUCCCAUUUUGGUUUUCGUAUUUGAUUACUAUAAAUCUAGCGUUAAUCAUUUGCUAAGAUAUAUGGUAACCAUGUUCUUAAAUAAUGCUUUAAUAUGUAUUUUUUCGUAUAUA